GGGAGCCCGGCUGGGGGAACCCGCGGCUUCAUCUUGGCCCACGGUGUCGGGCGCUCCACACCAUCGCGUGGGUCCCGAGGACGCCCAGGCGCCCACGCCGGAAAUGGCCGAGGGAAAGGCCUAAGUGUUCUGGAGUUGGAGAGGCCUCCUAGCUGUUGGUACUACAGCAUUUUUUUAUUUUGUCUUAGUCUAGGACCUGGAAUCACCUGAAGCAUUCGGCAGAAAUAAGGAAAACCUCUCUAUUGUAUGGCGUGGAUAAAUAUUCAGUGGGAGGAUUAGAGUUAACUGCACAGACUUAUCCUUUAUUGGGGAAUACGGCCAUGGCAACUUGCCUCACAGAUGUGGAUUCUUUUGGUGAUCCAGCUAGUUCUGUAGUCAGUACAUCUAGAAACUCACCAAUGGAAGAUGAUGAUGUUGUGUUUAUUGAAUCAAUACAACCUCCACUUUGUGCUCCAGCAGUAGCUGAUGAAAGAAACUUUGUAUUUAUGUCACCAAAACAUGAAAAGUCACCAGGAAAUUAUUAUCCAAUAAUUCUGCCUUCAAGAGAAUUGACUUCUCAGAAGGGAAAUAUAUGUGAAACAAUUGUUAUUGAUGAUGAAGAGGACAUAGAAACAGUUGGAAAGAAGGAGAAAAAUUCUACCAAUUUUACUGAAUGGAGACCUUAUAGAAAUAAAAAUAGUCCCAAAGAUUUGGAUUUCAUCACUUCCAGUCUGUCAAGAAGUAAGACCAAGACUGGAGUAGGACCUUUUAAUCCUGGUAGGAUGAAUGUGGCAGAUGUACUUCAGAAUGGAAGAUUUACAACUCAUCCCAAUCCUGAUUCUUGGAUUUCCCAGUCAGCAUCAUUUCCCCAUAAUCAGAAGCAACCAGGAGUGGAUUCUUUAUCACCAGUGGCCUUGCUUCCUAAACAGAAUUUCCAGACCUCAACCCAGCAUCUUACUAAACCAACUAAAAUCACCUGUUCAAACUGCAAAAAUCCUUUACAGAAGGGGCAGACUGCUUAUCAACAAAAAGGAUCAAUUCAUCUCUUUUGUUCUACAACCUGCCUUUCUUCUUUCUCUCAUAAAUGUACUCGAAAGACACGAAAUGUAGCAUGGAGAAAAGAUGCACCUACAAAGAAGGCUACUGUUGUUUCUUCAGUGGAAUCAAACAAAUCCUUACAAGAAUUCUGUAGUACAUCUUUUUCUCCCUAUGAAGACUACCAGAAUUUUAGAAAAGGAAUUUUUAAUAAGUCAAGAUGUACAAUGUGUAGUAAAUUAGGAGAGGUUCGUCAUGAAAUCAGUGUUAAUAACAUAACACAUAAACUUUGUAGUAACCACUGCUUUAAUGAGUAUAGGUCGACCAAUGGUUUAAUAAUGAACUGCUGUGAACAGUGUGGAGAAUACAUGCCCAAUAAGAAUACUGGAAACAAUGUCCUCAUUAGAGGUCAGCAGAAGAGAUUUUGCUGCCAAAAUUGUAUCGAUGAAUAUAAUGAGAUAAUGGAAACAAAAUCAAAAACAUCAGCUUCAGAUAACAGAAAAAGGAAUGCUGUCAGAGAAGAAAAUGAAAAAAAGUUAUAUGAAUCAUCAAGUACACUUUCAGAAAAAACAGAAAUACCAGAAAAAAAGGAAAAGAUUUCUGAGAUAAAAGUUUCAGCAAAAUGUAGCCCAGAUACAUUAUUGAACAAACAGACUGUGAAUUUACCUUCUAUGCCAGCAAUAGCUGAUAAAUUUCAAGGGCAACUGGAAGACAAAAAUUCGAAAGACUUUAGUAUGUCUAUUGUGCUUUCUUCAGAUCCAGGUACAUGGCCCCGCAUUUUGAAUAUUAAACAGCGUGAUAUUCUUAUUGAAAAUGAUCCACCUCAAGUAAGAAACUUUAAUUUCCCAAAAGACAAUACAGGGAGGAAGUUUUCAGAAACUUACUAUACACGAAUUCUUCCAAGCGGUGAAAAAGCUACUAGGUCCUGGUUACUUUAUUCAGCUGCCAAAGAUUCUGUAUUUUGCCUCUAUUGCAAACUCUUUGGGGAAGGGAAAAAUCAACUGAAAAAUGAGAAUGGGUGCAAAGAUUGGCAACAUUUGUCACAUAUUCUAAGCAAACAUGAAGAAAGUGAAAUGCACAUUAAUAAUAGUGUUAAGUAUUCAAAAUUAAAGUCUAGCUUGAAAAAUAAAACUGAUAAAACCAUAGAACACAGAUUAUAUGAAGAUGGGGAGAAUGGAGUGCUGCUGUUAUACACAUAAUAUCCUGAGUCUGCUUUUUGACACAGCAUUGUCUUAUAUUACCCAGAAAAAUUUAUACCAUAAGCCAGUAUCAUAUGAUGCUGUUAAAUAGAUGAACUUAUAAGAGUUCAUUAGCAGUGCUAGAGCAAAUAAAUAGUAAAGAAUGUUCCUUGUCCAAAUUUAAAAGCAGUUGGAGUAAAUGGUCAUUAUUGCAGAUUUUAGUAAAAGACAGUUUUAAUUUUCUGUCUAUCAGUUUUAAAGUUGGUUUUAUUGGACUGCUAUUUAAUGGGCUUGAGAGGAAGGAAAAACUUUAGUUUGAUAAGAUAUAUAUGUCAAGUAUUCUCAAUGUCAUUAAAUAAAAAUUUUCAAACAGUUUAAGAAUAGAAUGGGAUCUUAAACUACAGAUUUUUGCUUUUAAACCAAAUACUUGUGCUUUAUUUCUUUUGAAGAAAACAUUCUAUUAACAGGACUGUUCAUUUAUUAUAGUAAAUAUAGGUAAUUUGUAUUUUAUUGGUUUUAUAUUUUUUGUUUUUAAUUUAUAAAUGUUUUAGCCUACAUUACAUGAGAACUAUAAGUAUAAAGAAUAUAUACCUAUUUUUAUGUUGGUAUGAAUAUAAGAAAUAUUAAAUAUAUGUAUAGAGAGAGAGUUAACCUUCCAGUUGUUCUAGUUUGUUUUACCUGUGAAAUGAGACUCAGUGUGUGAAAUUUGAGAAAUUAUGGAUCUAAGGUUUUUAGAUGGCCAACUCAAGUCCUCAUGACCAUGAAUUUAUAAUUUUCCCUUUUGCUUCUGAUUUCUGAUGCCAGCUUUAUCAUCUAUGAAGUUCUUUUUUAAACUUUUAUUUUUAUGUGUAUGAAUGUUAUGCCUGCAUGUAUGUUAGUACACCUGUGUCGUGCAGUGCCCAUGGAGAACUGAAGAUGGUAUUGGAUCCCCUGGAACUAGAGUUAUGGACAGUUGUUAACCACCAUGUGGGUGCUGGGAUUCAAACCUGGGUCUUCUGCAAGAGCAGUCAGUGCUCUUAACCACUGAACCAGCCUACCAUUUAUUAAGUUCUUAUGCAUACGUGAGCUUUUUUCCUUUUGGAGCUUUUCUUGUAAAAUAGAGUAGCAUAUUAGCCAUUACCUAAGGAGAUGCUUCCUUCUAGGUGGGAAUACUUGGAAACUCUGUGAUUCUGUUGCAUGAGCCUAUUUUUUAGAAUACCCACCAAACCAUUCUUGUUAUUGUAGCUCUUCAUAGUGAAGAUGAUGUUCAGUUGGUAAAGUGCUUUUCUAGCAUGCACAAAGCUGUACAUUGAUCCUCAGCAUGGCAUUAACCUGGUGUAGCAACAGCUAUAUAGUCAUAGCAGUGGUGUGGUAGAGGCAAAAGUUAAUCCUGUUCCACAUAGCAAGUUUGAAGCCAGCCUGGGAUACAUGAGACACUGUCUCAUUUUUAAAAAGUUGAUUUUAUGGUUUUUUGACAACUGAGUCAUUUAAUCAUUCAGACUUGGAUCUAAGCCACAUAUGGCAGCUUACACUUAUAAUCCAAGCACUCAGGAAGUUGAGGCAAGAGGAUUGUCAGGUUUUUGAGACCAACCUGGGAUACAUAGUGAGGUCCAGAUUGGCAUAAGCUACAAUGUGUAGGAGAGAGACAGACAGACUUGGAUGUAACAGUGGCUUUGAUAUGUCUCUAAAAACUUCAGUUUACUCUUAGAGGCCAAGAAUAUAUAGAUACACUUGGCUCAAAAAGAAAAAAAAAAGUUGGGGCUGGAGAGAUGGCUCAGUGGUUAAGACCACUGACAUCUCUUGCAGAAGACAUGGGUUCAGUUCUUAGCAUCCAAAUGGUGAUUGACAACCUUCUGUGACUCUAUUUCCAGGGGAAUCCAAUGUUCUCUUGGGCCUCUGCAGGCAUUGUAUUGUCAUGGGUGUACCUAUCUACAUCCAAACAAUAAAAUUAAAAAAAAAAAUUUCAUCUUUAAUCCCAGCACUUGGGAGGCAGAGGCAGGUGGAUCUCUAUGAGUUUGAGGCC